AUGGCCAACAAACCCCCUCCUAUCCUACCACCAGGCAACGCAGGCACUCUCUCAAGCAUCACGGAUAAUUUUGCUUUCCACGCGAGUCCGGAAGCAUUCCUCACCAACUAUGCUCGGCGAUAUUCACAGGAACACCCUCACCAAGCAGCCAGGAGGAGACGGCCGAUCCGCGCGCAGAUUCUCAAUCGCAAUGUCGUGAUAGUUUCGGCGUACAAGCAGAUUUUUCAAAUUUUGGAAUCACAGGAGGACGGGAAGGAUGGGCCCGCUGCCUAUGUGGCCCAGGCGCCUUACAGGCAACUCAUGGAGCAAUUCUUCCCUCGGCCGAAUCUCCUGUUGGCUGAGGGUUGUCUACACGCCGAGAUGAGGUCCAGCUGGGAUGAACACGCCCGGAAGUUGCAGCAGGAAGCUGUGCAAGUCCAUAUCACGUCGGUGACGUCUCGCUUCUUCUCCCAGAUCGCACUGGACGAGCCGUUUGAUCUCUAUAAUGCCCUCAAAGAGUUGUCGUGGCAGUUGUUCCUGGGCACGUUUUUGGAUCUGAAUGUCGAGGAUCCCGAGUACGCGGAGAUCGUGCGCUUACAGGAGAAUCUCCUCCGUGGACAGUUCUCGCUGUUGCCUGUGAGUAUCAAUGCUGGAUUCUGGCAUUCGCCGCGAAAGAUCGGGAUCGAUGCGCGGAAGCGGUUACAGAAGAUCAUAGCUAGGAGGAAGAGACCGAGGUGGUUGGGGGAAGGGUCGAUGGAUGAAGUCGCUGUGAAUCAUUUGUUGAUGGCGACGAGUAGUCUUGCGGUCAAGGGGUUCGCGAGUCUGAUGCUUGCCUUGUUGAUGAAUACCUUCUUGUUCCGGAAGGGCGAGGAGACGGUCUGGGAGUGGAUGAAUGUAGAUACGCCCGAGAAGGGGGCGAGGCAGCAGGCGGUGCUUAGAGAAACGCUGCGUCUCAGUCCGCCCAUUGUUGGCGUCAUGAGGAGGACCACCAGAGAUCAGACGCUUUACAAUGCGCACGAUCAAGAGCCUGAUACUCUGGUACCCUCCGGUUGGGACGUCUGGUCUUACUUCGCGGGUGGUAAUCGAGAUCCUGCGACUUUUGGGGAGGAUGCAGAACGCUUCAGGCCGGAACGAUACCUGGACGACUCCUCGUCAACACCAUCUCCUAUUGCUUUCGGAGCUGGUACCAAGGUCUGCUUGGGCCGUGACUUUACCCAGCGCGCUGCUAUCGCGGUGCUGAAAUCCUUUGCAAAGGAUGAUUCCGGACUUUAUGGCGUGGUGAGCGCGGCUGGCGUACGAGGAUGGCUUGGGUGGGAGGUCGCUAGUCCGGAGAAAUGGGCUGCAGAUAUGAAGCAGUUGCCUACGCAACGUCCUAGCAAGCCGGUCAUGGUCUCCUUGAGAAAGCGCACUGCAAGUUAG